CUAUCGCACGUAAAUUAUAAAAUUAUCUUUUGCCUCCGCCUCGCUCGCUGCAGGAAAGAAAAGACCCAAAUCCCUUCGUCAGUCGUCGAAGAAGCAGAAGACGAAGAACAAGAAAAAGAAAAAAAAACAUGUUUGCAGGACUACCAUUCUGAUGGUUACGCACGCCUGCAAGCUCAGUCUCCCGCAGGCCCACCCAACUUCGGUGGUCUCGUCCCUCCUCUUCGAGCCCACCUCCAAUUCUCUAGCACUCAUGUGCACCGAUUCUUCCGUACUCCUCCACCAUCCGAUCUCCCUCUCCUCCCCGCCCUCUCCCUCCCCGUCUCCAUCUUCCAUUCUCAUCCCUCCUCCCUCCACGUCAGCAUCCUUCCUCCGGCUCCACCCGUCCCCUGACCCCGCCGCGGCCCGUGUCGUCUUCCUCGCUGCUGGGCCCCACCGCUCCUCCGUCCUCCUCCGCGCUUGGAUCCUCCGCAGGACUGAGGGUUUUGCCCAUGCCCAGCUCAAUAUCAAGAACGGCAAUGGGAAAUCAGGCGCUUCCGGGGCCAUCCUCGAUCUCAGCCAUGGGUUCUCGAUCAAGGUAGCAGGGUCCAUCAAUGUCGUCGUCGUCUAUUCCGCUUCUGCUGGAAAGAUUUGGGUCCUCUCCGCGAGGCUGGUUGAUUGGGAGGAUGGCCGGACGGGUGUCGAUUUGAUGAAGUGCGGGGUUAUCGAAUGCACGGUCCCGAUUUGUUCGGUUUUUGCUUCGGCGGGGUUCUUGUUUUUGGGGCAGGAGAACGGGGUCCGGGUUUUCCCGCUGAGGCCAAUUGUGAAAGGGCGGCUUAGUAGGAAAGAGAGGGACUUGGUGAGGAGAAGAGUGAAGGAGGAUUUGAACGGCGGAUUGUUGAAGAAUCGGGUGAAGAAUUUGAAGAAUGGGGUGAUCCAGGCAGUUAGUGGAAAUUCAGUAAUUUAUAGGAAAAAUGCAGGUAUUUGUUGCAAUGGUGAUUUAGAAGGGGUACUGGAGGAUCCGUCAGAUGGUUCUGAAGGAAAGGCUGAGGCGGAUUAUGUUUCAGCUAAGCAUAAGACUGUGAAACUGAGGCAGGACUCAGGUGAGCUUGGCUCAUUAUUCGUGGCAUUCAAGGUCCUGGAGGUCGAAAGGUCAAAAAGUAAGCCAGCAGUACCGGCAUCUCUAAAAGCUGUUUCAAUCCAUGCUCUUUCCCGGCAAAGGUUUCUAAUCCUGGACUCGGUUGGUGAUGUUCACCUCUUGAGCCUGAACAAUAUUUUCCUUGGAUCAGAACUCACCAAGCACAGUUCAACACCCUUCAAAGGUUGUCACAUGAGGCGUUUGGAGUGUACCAUGAAAGUGCAGAUGCUAGCUGUUCUUCCCGAUAUUUCUACGAGAACACAAACUGUGUGGCUGUCAGAUGGAUGCCAUUCAGUGCACAUGACAUCGGUAGCUGAUAUGGAUGCUGCUACUGUUGGUGAGAGUGAUAAAAAAGAGGAAAAGCUAAUGCAAAUCUCAGCUAUUCAAGCAAUAUUUACUAGUGAAAAGAUUCAUGAUAUCAUUCCUUAUGCUGCAAAUGGGAUUUUGAUUCUUGGUCAAGGAAGUAUCUUUGCCUAUGCUAUUGCUUGAAGUCAAUAGAUGGUUUUAUCUUCUGUGGUGGAAAUUUCUGUAUCAAGCCAGCUUAGAACUUUAAAUGGAUUUAUGACAGUGUGGUUGGCUUUUCUGAAUCAGUGUUUUUUGAGGCAGAUGUAAGUGCGGGUUCUUGCUGAUUAUAUUGAUGCUGUCUAUCAACCUACCUUUGAUGUCGUGACCUGCAAUCUUCCUUUUCCAAUAGCAGUUUCUGAUUCAAAUGCAUCACUGAGCGCGAAAAGAUGCUAUUGGAAUCUGAAAUGCUGUUUUCGACAAAUGAGCCCCAGCCGCCUCUGCUUCGACAUAGGACUUGGGUGUGGGAGUGGGGAUCACCAACUCUCCUUGCUUGCGGCUCGAGGAGCUUCCAUUUCAUAUUUCAUCAUCAUCGGCAUUGUCAGGUUGGAAGAUGAAAUACUCUGCCGGAAGACAAAGGACAAACACGGGUAUGUUGCAGCUUCUGGUUUCUCUAUGUAACAUUAGUAUUGAAUAUAGAAAUCUUUGGAGACGGACAGACCCAAAGAUUCUGCCAUUUGUUUGGUCAUAGGGAUGUCAUUUACUCGCUGUUCAUGGGAAAUAAUAUUUGGGUUCGUGCAAAAGCUGUUGCAAUGAUGUGGCCCAGUUCUGAAAA